AAGUGUCGCGGGCGCGGGGCCGCGCCGGCCAUGGGGAAGGAGCAGGAGCUGCUGGAGGCCGCGCGCACCGGGAACCUCCCGGCCGUGGAGAAGCUGCUCUCGGGGAAGCGCCUCAGCUCCGGCUUCGGCGGCUCCGGCGGGGGAGGCGGCGGCGGCGGCUCCGCGGGGGGGGGCGGCGGCGGUGGCGGCGGCGGCGGCGGGAGCGGCGGUGUGGGACACCCGCUGUCCAGCCUGCUCAGCAUCUGGAGAGGGCCCAACGUGAACUGUGUUGACAGCACUGGAUACACCCCGCUGCACCACGCUGCUCUCAACGGCCACAAGGACGUUGUGGAAGUUCUGCUGAGGAACGACGCCCUCACCAAUGUGGCAGACUGCAAGGGCUGCUACCCCCUGCACCUGGCAGCCUGGAAGGGAGACGCCGACAUAGUGAAGCUCCUCAUCCACCAAGGCCCUUCGCACACCAAAGUGAAUGAGCAGAAUGCUCUUGAGAUCAAAGAACUCAAAAAGUACGGCCCCUUUGACCCAUAUAUCAAUGCCAAGAACAACGACAACGAGACGGCGCUGCACUGCGCGGCCCAGCACGGCCACACCGAGGUGGUGAAGGUGCUGCUGGAGGAGCUCACCGACCCCACCAUGCGCAACAACAAGUUUGAGACCCCCCUGGACCUGGCCGCGCUCUACGGGAGGCUGGAGGUUGUCAAGAUGCUCUUGAACGCCCACCCAAACCUUUUAAGCUGCAACACUAAGAAACACACUCCCCUGCACUUGGCAGCCAGGAACGGUCACAAAGCCGUGGUCCACGUCCUCCUGGAUGCUGGCAUGGACAGCAACUACCAGACUGAGAAAGGCAGUGCUUUGCACGAAGCUGCUUUGUUUGGCAAGACAGAUGUGGUACAAAUAUUGCUGGCUGCAGGUAUUGAUGUGAACAUAAAGGAUAACAGAGGCCUGACCGCUCUGGACAUCGUGAGGGAGCUUCCUUCCCAGAAAAGCCAGCACAUAGCAGCUCUGAUUGAAGAUUACACCGUUGGGAAGAAAAGUGCCAAAGCUGCAGAGAAGUCCUCUCCAGCCCCGCUCGCUCCCGCCGCCGAUCCCACGGGCCGGACAGCUCAGGGAGAUGUGGACAAAGCCGUGACAGAGCUGAUCAUCAAUUUUGACGUGAACCCCGAAGAGGAGAGCCCGUAUGAAGCAUUGUACAACGCCACCUCCUGCCACUCCCUGGACAGCCUGGCCAGCGGGAGAUCCUCCGACCGGGACUCUGGGAACAAGGAAGCUGAACCCAGCGGCCCCAAAGCGGCCGCAGUCAGGCCUAGAGAACGUCCCCCACCGCCUGCCAAGCCCCCGCCCGACGAAGAGGAGGAGCAGCAUCUGGAGAAGAAGAUAGGUCACAGUGCUCCCUCUGAGGCCUCUGCUGCCUGGGGGAAGAGCAGGGGAAGUGGAGCUGAGGAAGAGGAACACCCGUACGAGCUGUUGCUUACAGCAGAAACUAAGAAACCGGUUGCAGUGGACAGGAAAACAAAAGACCACAGGAGGAGCAGCGGUGGCCGCAGCCAGGACCCUGCUGACAGCCAGGACAUCCAGGUGCCAGAGCAGUUUUCAGGGUUGCUUCACGGUUCUUCUCCGAUCUGUGAGAUAAGUGAGGACCCUUUCAGGCUCGUUUCCUCUGCAGAGAAGGGGGGCACGGAAGCUACAAGCCAGCCUGCUGCUAUGCAGGUGGAGGAUGCUGACUUACCUGGCUCAGGAUCGGUGCGGAGCAGCUCUCCCGACCGGGACCAGGCGGUGGUUUACGCCACGGUGCAGCACACGCACGUCAGCCGGGCGGAUCCCGCGGCCGUAGUCACGCCCCACGUGCCGCAGCACCCCGGCGGUGCUGAGGAAGAGGGGGACAGAGCUGUGGGCAGGGCCCACCCGGGCAGCAAGCCCAAAGCCGAGCUCAAACUCAGCCGCAGCUUGUCGAAGUCGGACUCUGACCUGCUGACCUGCUCCCCGACAGAGGACGAUGCCAUGGGGAGCCGCAGCGAAUCGCUCUCCAACUGCAGCACUGGGAAGAAACGGCUGGAGAAGUCCCCGUCCUUUGCUUCGGAGUGGGAUGAGAUUGAGAAGAUCAUGAGUUCCAUUGGUGAAGGCAUUGACUUUUCCCAGGAGCAGCAGAGGAUCUCAGGUUCGCGGAUGCUGGAGCAGAGCGUCGGGGAGUGGCUGGAGUCCAUCGGCCUGCAGCAGUACGAGAGCAAGCUGCUCCUGAACGGCUUCGAUGAUGUUCGCUUCCUGGGCUGUAAUGUCAUGGAAGACCAGGACCUUCGGGACAUUGGGAUUGGGGACCCGCAGCACCGCCGGAAGCUGCUCCAGGCUGCUCGUUCCCUCCCGAAGUUGAAACCCCUGGGCUGUGAUGGGAACAGCCAGCCGUCAGUUCCUGCAUGGCUCGACUCCCUGGGGCUGCAGGAUUACAUCCAGUCCUUCCUCUCGAGUGGCUACAGCUCUAUUGACACUGUGAAAAACCUCUGGGAGCUUGAGAUAGUAAACGUGCUGAAGGUGAACCUGCUGGGCCAUCGGAAGAGGAUCAUCGCCUCGCUGGCAGACAGGCCCUACGAGGAGCCCCCGGCCAAGCCGCCGCGGUUCUCGCAGCUGAGAUGCCAGGACUUGAUGUCCCAGACCUCAUCGCCCCUGAGCCAGAAUGACUCCUGCACAGGCAGAUCUGCUGAUCUCCUGCUGCCCUCCGGGGACACCAGCAAGAGGCAACACGACCGUGGCACUGAGGUUGCUCCCUACUCCAGAGCUGAGCGCUACAAAGCACAGGAGGACCGUCGGGAAUCCAAGCUGACCCUGCGCCCCCCCAGCCUGGCUGCCCCAUAUGCCCCAGUCCAAAACUGGCAGCACCAGCCCGAGAAGCUCAUCUUUGAGUCCUGCGGGUACGAGGCCAAUUACUUGGGCUCCAUGUUGAUCAAAGACCUCCGAGGGACAGAGUCUACACAGGAUGCUUGUGCCAAGAUGAGGAAAUCCACGGAGCACAUGAAGAAGGUCCCGACCAUAAUCUUGUCUAUCACAUACAAAGGGGUGAAGUUCAUCGACGCCUCCAACAAGAAUGUCAUUGCUGAGCACGAGAUCCGGAACAUCUCCUGUGCUGCUCAGGACCCCGAGGAUCUCUGCACAUUUGCCUACAUCACCAAGGAUCUGCAGACCAGCCACCACUACUGCCACGUCUUCAGCACUGUGGAUGUGAACCUGACGUACGAGAUCAUCCUCACGUUGGGGCAGGCGUUCGAAGUCGCCUAUCAGCUGGCCCUUCAAGCCCAGAGAGCAAAGCCUCUUGGUGCUGGAGCAGGAGAAAUGAUUGAAACAAAAUCUUCCAAACCAGUGCCUAAACCGCGAGCCGGCAUGAGGAAAUCUGCGCUGGAUCCCCCUGAAGUGGACCAAGACUCCCAGUCUCAUGCCAGUGUCUCCUGGGUCGUGGACCCCAAGCAGGACUCCAAGCGGACCCUCAGCACUAAGUAUGAGACCACUAUCUUCUAAAGCCGACACCGCGUCCGCCCCGUCUAACCGUGCCUUUGCGAUCUGAUCUGUCUGCUCUUCUAAACUCCCUCUUCCUCCAGCUGCUCGCCCUGAGCCCGUGUAGGCACCACGUCCAAGGCAGCAGCACUUAGGAGACUGUAGACUUAAACAGCUUUUGUACCUGAUCGCUGCUGAACACUGUGAAUCUCCUUACUCGGAAACAAGGGUAACGCGCUGUAGCUGAAUGUGAGGCGGGAGGAGCAGAGGGCAGGCUGGGAGUCGGAGAUGUGGAUCCAGGAAAGCCGCCUGCCGUUUUCACGUCUUCCCCCUCGCUCUGGCACUGUGAAUCCCUGGGGCAAUGUGACACUCCCCAGGCCUUUUUUUCUAUCUCACCUUGUCCUUGGACUGAUGGAGACCUCUUGUCUCUGCGGUGCACACACUCCCUUCUCCUAGAUCCUCCUCUUCCUGACUGAGCCACGGCUGUAUACUGUUCAGUGAACUCACCUCUCCUUCCCUGCCAGUCGAGUUGACACUAACCACUGUGAUGCUCUCUGCAAAUAACAUGCGGGCACUCCAUUUCUCACGGUGACCCUUGCCCGCAGCCUCGCUCCUCAAAGCCCGGCACAGAUCCUGCUCCGCUGGGGGAGCACUGGUUUGGGCCGGGUGUGAUCGUUCCCACUGUGAGCUCUGUCCCCUCAGAGAUGAGGGGGGGGUUGGUUGCAUGCAUUUCAGUCCCUUGUAGGUUUUUCUUCACCCCUUAGUCCUCCUGUUUACACUCAUCAGACUACUCGUGAGCUCUGGGCGUAGUUCUCAUGGGGCAGCCUGUGGUUAAGCUUCCAAAGGCACAUGUUGCUGUUAGCCCCGGGCUGGGGAGGGGAGGUGUGGGCUGGACACCGAAAGCAGCAGUUGGCAUCAGCAGGGAGAGGUCAGGGAGCAGCCCUGGGUUAUUUGCUCCUCACGUUAAGGGCAGCAGCAGCUUGUCCGAGCUUUGCUGGGGCUUUAGAGCUGCUGCCUCGAAGCUUCCAUUUCCCCAGACUUGCGGCCAAAUCUGAUGUUUCAAAGUCUUUAUUUAGCUCUUUCUCAGGAAUGAGUUUGAUCUCCCAAGUCAUUUGUGACUUAAUGGUACUGAGUGGCAAACUGACUUCAGACUGAGGGCUGUGCUAGUGAGGAUCCAAGCAAGAGGACUAAAAGUAAAAGGACUGUCUUGGAGGAAAAAAAAGGAAAGCUCAGUCUAGUAAAUACAUUUCAUGUGCCACAGAGCCCCUGAUAUAGAGCCAGCACUGCCCAGGUGCUGCAGUGCCACCCUGCCAGCCCAGGCCUUGUGGACAGAACGUUGCUGCGCCUCGGGUGCUCCUCGAGGCUGGGCUUGGGUUCCAUCAGCAAAAUUCCAAGCUGUAAGAGUGCCCUAAGGUUUCUGUAUCCCUCAAAGAGAAACUGCCUCACUGGUGGGGGUGGCAGUGCAGUUUCUACGUGUAGGCAUUCACCAUGCAGUUGCCACACGUCUGCCCAACUUCAGAGGGUCUGAGCUCUGAGCUUUUCAUCUCCCCCUGCUCUCAGCUGGGAAGGGCAGGUUCCUCCACACUUCCUGAAUCUGGGUCACUAGAGCAUGUGCCUUUCUAAGGGUGACCAAGCCCAGCAGGGAUCACAGGCAGCCCUGCCCAAGCCACGACACUGCCAGUGUGUGUCCGUAGCCCUCACUCUCGUGUCCCAUCUCCGGGGCCAUUCGCCUCGUCUUUCCCAGCACGUGUUUUUGUAUGACUUGGAAAUUCAUUCCGUUAUCUCCCUUUCUGUUUGCCUCUGCGAAGCUGAGCUCCAGGCAGCCGUCUCCUACCAUGGAAUGUAGUUACGGGGCAGAGACCUGGGACGCAGUGGCUGCUGACAUGAAGAUCAUCUCCCUCUGGCACAGGCGGCUGCCUUGGAGUGGGUGCGUGGCUGCUCGGUGAGGGCUCCCAGAGCAGAGGGGGAAGGGACUCAGCCCCCGCUGAGGAAAACCACUCUCUCCUUUCCUAGCGAAGGAAACUUGAGACUUGGAGGCAGAGAGCGAUGUCGCCUUUUCUAGUUUGAGACAAACGUCUUUCGACCUGUUUCUUUUUUAACGUGUGAAAUGACACAGAGCAAAUGCAGUUCACGGUUUCAAUGUAGCACCGCAGCUUUUUGUUGAGGAAAAAACCCGAAAUAUUUACUGAGAAUCCCACAGUCCAGCGAGGAGUACGAUAGAAAGUCUUAGCAGGGGCAUGGUGUGCACAUCUCUGACGGUACUUACUCUGCUUCAGCUCUGGGUGAACAGGAGAGAACGUCAAACUCUUGGAUAUUGCUUCCUCCCGUGUGAGAACCGUGCGGGGUAAGUCUGCAUCCUGUUCUCCAAGCCACUCCAUGCUUUUGUAGCAAAUGGAAGUAACUUGAGGAAAAGAGUCUGCAAAGGAUCUUUCCCCCCAGAGCGGUUGUGGCCAAUAUCCCCAAUGGUACAAAGCUUCCUUAUCCCCUGAACUGUCGCAUUGCAAUACUUGACAUUUCUAUGGCAAGGACCCCGUUUCUUCCCAUUUCCACAUUGAAUUCCUGGGGACGACUCCCUCCUCCAGCCUCUGUGCACCUGUCUUGUUUUUAAAUGCAGUUAUGCCCUGAAGGGUUGGGGGUUUUUAAGUAUAUUCAAUUGUGAUUUAGCACUUUUUUGAUACUAGCUCAUUAUUUAAUUAGUGCAACAAUUUCAGAAGAUGAACAAAUAAGGAGUUAAACUUUGGGCAUUACACUGAAACAGUCCAUUCCUGAGGAUAAACCACAUCAGCCUGAGGGUGGCUUGGCCCUGUGCAAGCCCAGUGUCCCCAAAGACACAACCUCGAAGGUGCUGUGUGCUUGCUUUUCUUUUGAAUUACAGAGUGUUUAACAGCGGUUUGGGCUGUGACUGACGUGUUUUCAGACUGUUCCCCUCAGGGGAGAAUAUUAAUAUAGUUGUGAUUUAAAUUCUUCAGAUGCAAAAUGUAGCGCAGUGCGUCCGUUACGAUCUUGUCAGGCCUUAUCAGGGCUGUGGGACCUGCUGCUGCACGGGAACACUGUGCCCAGGUAAUUCCUGUUUAACUCCAGUUGCUGCUGUAUGUCAGGAUUUCCUUUAAUCUCUCUCACAGUGAGGCUGGGAGAGAAGCAAACCGUGAUCCUGAGGGCUCAGACCUGUAAAGGAUUGGGAGGGAGAAGUGAAGAUUUUGGGUGAAGCUGAUGAAUUUAGGAAACCUAACAUUCCUUGUUAUGCACAUGUUGCAAUUCAUACUGGUGUUAAGUGUAAAUAUUUGGUGUGUUGGCAACAAGUCGUUGGCGAGAUUGCAAAUUGAACCUCUGUUUGGGAGGUUUCUUUUCUGACACGUGAGCUUUUUGGAGGUUGGCUUGGAGGUGACAUGGUGAUGAAGACUCCAAUCUUCAGGGACUGGGCUCGGUGACCCUGGUGGUCCGUUCCAGCCCCACGUGUAACCCUGUGGUUGUCUUUAGUGAUCCAACCGUUCUUUAGCCAGAUACUCCCUUUAUCACCUGACAGAACAGUUGUUUUAGCAGUUCAGUGUGGUGGGAUCUCUCAAGGGAGUCAGUGCUGGAGACUGACCCUGGGCCGUGCCAAUUGCUGGCUCCUGGCCACAUUAACCCACCCACUGCACAGUAUUCGGGCUCUUCCUCCCUGCAGGGUUUUGUGGUAUCUGGAGGAAAGUGCCCCAAAUUUCUGGUGCUGAAUAUGACUUUGCAUCAAACUGCAUCUGCUGUAUUUACCUGCCUGGGAGAAGGUGGGGCUGCCCUGGGCCUUGUUCCCCUCUUUAAGGACAGAUUGUGUUUCACAGACUUUGGUUUGUGGGCUGAGCCCUCACUCACGGCCGGCAAACGGAGAUGCUGAGUUUUGUCUUUUUUUUAUAUAGGAGGGGAUGAUUUUUUUUUUUUUUCAAAUUGAAGAUGCUUUAUCCUUUUUUAUUUUGUGUUUACAAAGAAAAAAACAGCGCUAAUCUUAGCUGUUCCGCUGACUUUAAACUUGCUUUGGGAUUGUUCUUUUUAGAAGAAAUUAUGCAACCUUUUUGGGGUACACGCCUGUCCCCUUCCCAGGGAGAAGAUAUGGCACCUUCCAGGCUGUACAUGUCGUGAAUUCUGUACCUUCAGGAGGCUGCUGAGACACAGAGCAGAUGCCAAAUAGCACCAGAACACGUCCCGUUCUGUGUGCAGCUGAGGUGGAGCCAAUGCUUUAAUGCUCCUUCCACCCACCUCAUAAGUUUCCAGCAGCAGCGUUUCCCCAGCUCUGCUCACAUCAGUUCCGUGCCGUCAGACCUGUGGUUUGGAGCCGGUACAGCGCUCACAACGCUGCCUUGUUGCAAAGGUCUCCCUUUUAGGUCUCGCAUUGGUAUUACUUAAUUGCAUUUUUUUUUCCCAAAAGAAAGUACCUGUGCUGCUCUCACUAAGUCAACCCAGCUCAGACAUUUUUCUUACCCAUGGAAGAAUAACCUGGGAUUCCCUGACAGGGUAGAGACAGUCAAGUUCAGUUUGCAAUGUGGACAUUUUUGCUAAUUGUGAUGUAUGGCAGUGGGGCUGAUUUGUAUACAAAUGUUAUUUAAUCUGUCUGUAUUUUGAUACUUGAAUUUCCUUUUAUUUCUUGUAUAUACAAUUGUUAAUCUGUUCGAAUUUGUCUGAAUUUUAAACAUCUUGUGGUACCAAACGUAACCAAUCUGUGCAACAACAUAGACUGACCUCACUACAACAAGGCGAGAUUGUAAAUAUUCCUGGGCUUCCAGCAGUCGUUUUGUUGUUUUCAUAAUUGUACAACUUAGAACAGACCGAAUUAAUAAACAACCUUAGACACA